AAAACCGCUUUCUGGUAGUACUGUAGUCGUUCGCUAGGUGGUUACUGUGUUCGCCAUAGUUUACUUCAUUGCGAGCAACAAUACUAGCUAACCAACAACUUAGCAAAAUUAUGGGUUAUCUAAGUCAGAAAAAUCAGUAACUUUCUGACGGUCGUGGGUUGUUAAUCUGUUAAAAAAUGAUGUAAUAUUAUUUAUUGAUAUUGAUUGAUAUUGUAGUGUUUACAUUGAUUCCUAUAUAUAGGAGGUGUGAAGUGGAGAUGGUGGUGGUAGGUGAGGAGUAGGUGAGUGUAGUAGGUGAGUGUGUGGUAGGUGAUGGUAAAUUAUACAAUGUACAUUAACAUAAUCAAUGGCGACUCUUGUGGUAAGUUUAGUGGGAAUUGGAGCUGCAGUAGUGUUCCGAGUGUUCAUUCGGGAGUUAAAGCUAUUGAUUGGAAUUGUAGGUCAGGUGGAUCGUUUUGAAAAAGAAUUGAGGUUGAUCCAGUCUUCGUUGGAAGAUGUGGAAGCCAAGGAAGAACCAGGUGAAUAUGGAAAGCAAUGGGCAGAUAAAGCAGGGGAAAUUUUCCAGGAGGUUGAGGAUAUCAUUGACAUCUUUCUCAGUAAAUCAGCUCGGUAUAGGAGGAGAGGGACUUUCAAGAGUACUCUGUUUCUGCUUAACCAUUUGCUUGACAGAUUUAAACUUCGAAUGAAGGUGCACAAGAUUCGGCUCCAGAUCCGUGAUGUCUCUGAAAGAAACCCUAACCGUAACCCUCACCCUAAAGUGAAUUCUCAAGUGGAACCAUCCUCUUCUCAACAAGCUCUAAUCACCCAUGAAGAUGUCCAUGAUGCCUGCACCACUGUUUUUUCUGUUAUAGAAAAAAUUAAUAUCAUGGUGAGUCAAAAGUUUCUUAUCAACAGGAAAGUGAUACGAGGUAUGGAACGCACGCGAGAUGAAUUUAGACAUCUGUAUGGUAUUCUCAUCAAUGAUUUCCAAUUCCCCGUAGAUGAAAGAAGAAAAGCUUGGUUGAAGGAAAUAAAAGAUGCUUCAGACUUGGCGCAACAUGUCUUUGAAUCCAUCAUUAAGAAAAGAAACAAACAGCUCAGAAAAGGGAGGAUUUUCAAGGUUCCCUUGUUGUUUCUCAAAGAUUUGGAGCUUAAAAAGGACCUGAAGCGGAUCGAUGUUACAAUUCAACGUCUCUAUGGCAGAAAGUGGAGAUAUGGCAUCGGAGACUUUGAAGAACGACAAAGGCCGGCCUCAAUGGUUCCUUCGAGAUGGAGAGGAUUGGUCUCUCUUGCUACCCAAUUAUUUAUUUUGUUCUCCUUUCCUUUCCCAGCCGGUCUAGUUGCCUAUUUAAUUUUAUUCAUUCCCGCGAAGAUUGUAAUACACCAACUACAGGAGGCAGCUUCAUGGCUGCAAGUGAAAGUGGAUGAUGAACUAGAGUCAAUCAGGAGAGAUUUGGUGCUAAAGCAAGCCUUACUUAAAGAUAUUGGCCCCAUGGAAGACCUAGACAAGAGGGUAGGGAUUUGGUUGAAGGAGUUGAUAGAAAUUCUUGACUGCGACGCUACGGAUCUGGAAAAGUACAUUGACAGAGCCAAAGCAGAACAAGAAAAAAUGACAGGAAUUUUCAGAAGGCCUUGUUUGAUUUUCAGGAAAGUGAUAGGUCGACCCAAAAUCGCAAAAAAGAUCAUACGGAUCAACAAUAAACUCCAUCAUCUCUCUCGUAGAAAGUGGACCUAUGACAUUGGAAAUUUUGAAGCAAGGAGAGACUCGUAUGCUGAGAAUCCAAGCCAACAACAGCAUGUAUUAUCUACUUCUAAUGAUGCUGUUGAAAAUCACAAUAUCAGAAGUUCACGACUCAAACUCUGGCCAUCUAAAAAAUUGGAAGAAAAAGUUGAGUCAAUCAGAAAUGAGCUGAAAUUAAUGAGUGCUUUGUUUGAGGAUGUGGAAUCAAUGGAAAAUCAAGAUAGAAGACUGAUGGUUUGGGUCAAGGAAAUGAAAGAUGUUGCUGGAGAUGCACAGAAAUUCAGCAACUCCUGUGCUGAAAAUAUAGAACAGAAAGGGAUAGCUGCCUUCAAAAGGUGUUGCUUUGCUAAAUUUGUGGUUCCAAGGGAAGUUGACAGGAUCAAGCAUCGUAUCCGUAAACUUUCAAAAAGAAAGUGGACCUAUGAUGUUAGAGGCAUUAAAGGAAGGAAAAGCCCAAGCUCUGUGGUCGAAAUCCAACCUGAAAGCUCUGAGAUUACUGCAACUAGUAAUAUUACUAAUCUUGAGGGGGCUCCGCCUGUCUCCUUACAUGCGAGGGAGGAGAGAGGACACUCAAUCAAUGGAGUUAUAUUUCGUAGUAUUCAACAGCAUAUAUUACAACUGAUUCAUCUUCAAGCAGCUGAUUCAGUUGAAGAAAAUGUUGAGUCAAUCAAAAGAGACAUGAGUCUUAUGGAUGCUCUAUUUGAGGAUGUAGGUGGGAUUGAAAUACAAGAUAGAAGAUUGAAGGCUUGGAUAAAGGAAAUGAAAGAUGUUUGUCGUGAUGCACAGCAUGCUAUCAACAACUACAAUGAAAUAACUAGAGGAAAUUGUUGGAGAUUCAAGAAGAGGCGGAAGAUGGAAAAGAAGAUCAAAUUCAUCAUGAGUAAAAUUCAAGAUGCCUCUGAAAGAAGGUUGAAAUAUGGCGUUGAGCAUAUCAAAAGAAGAGAAGAGUUAGCCACUAUAACUAGAAGCCCACAUCAUACUCCACCUUUUAUCAUUGAACAACCAAACGUCACUGGCUUUUUUGAUGAUGUACAAGCAGUGCUGGCUCAGUUGCUCACAAAUGACAAAAAUUGCUGCAUCAUUCCAAUCGUGGGUAUGGAAGGCAUUGGUAAGACAACCCUUGCAAGAUUGAUUUAUAACAAUAACACUGUUUCAGACCAUUUUCCUCGCCGGGCUUGGGUAUCUGCGUCUUCAUACUGCAAUAUUGAGGCACUCCUUAAGGGCAUAGAAGAACAGGUUCUAAUGGGGAUUCAAGAACAGAAUAGGAAACCAACUGUAGUAUCAGAUCUGAAAGAAAAGGUACUAAUGGGACUCCAGGAACAGAAAGGGAAACAAUUUGCGGAAGAAUCGAUGCAGAUGCUAUACGAAGUCUUAACAUCUACUCGGUAUCUCAUAGUCCUGGAUGAUGUGUGGACAACUGAAGUCUGGGAUAGACUGUUAAAAGAAUUCCCAAGCACAUUGCAUGGUAGUAGAAUUAUCCUCACUACGCGUGAUAUUGGCGUAGCUGCUCAUGCUAACCCAAAAAGUGUUCCUCACAAACUGCAAUUACUAAGUGAUGAUGAUAGUUGGGCUUUAUUUACCCAAACUUUGACAAUUCCUGAUGGACUGCUGGAACAGAGCAAAAAAAUGGUCACAAGAUGUGGGGGCUUGCCUUAUGCGAUUGUAGAGCUGAGGAAACAAUUUUUGGGAGUAGAAUCCAGCUUCAAUGCGUGGUCAAGUGUGUUUAAGAAUCUUGAUAAUGGCCAAAAACCCUGGCUAAAAACACUAGAAGCUUUCAAAGUCCUGCCCUCGUACUUGAAGCGCUGCCUCUCUUAUCUCAGACGAUUUCCUGCAGGGUUUGAGAUCCCCCUGAGAAGAUUGAUUGUGUUGUGGAUUGCUGAGGGUGUAGUGCAUCAAAGGAGAGGGGAUGAAGAUCCUCCUGAAUCUGUAGGUGAGAGGUAUUUGACAGAGUUGAUAGACAGGAACAUGGUUCAAGUAACAAAAAGGAAGCUGAAUGGGGCUGUUCAGAAAUGUCGCCUACCCCAUGCACUUAGAGAACUCUGGUCGUUAGAAGCAAAGAAAGCUGUAUCCCCUAAAAGCUACACAAGAAAGGGUUCCAAGAUAUCUCCACAGACUUGUAAAAUUCAUCAUCUUGCCCACAGUUCUGAUCAAACAGAUGUCAGCUUUGAUCAUACUGAUGGCGAGAUCACAAAUCUUUCUACUCCUUUAUUACCUGGUGAUAAACACGUCAUCUCUUUUCGGUCAUUUGAUACUCGCGAGGGAUCUCAACCCGGAGAAGAAUUAGGGAGGUUUCUUGACCGAUGGAUUUCUUGUGGCUAUUUCUUGUCAAUGCGUGUGCUCGAUCUUGAACGUGUAUUUAGACCUGAGUUGCCCAAGUCACUCGGUGAACUAGUCCUGUUGAGGUACCUUGGCCUGAGAUGGACUUAUCUAGAGGAUCUUCCAUCAUUCAUAAGUGAAUUGCUGAAUCUCCAGACACUGGAUUUAAAACAUACUUCCAUCAGCACUCUCCCUCCUUCAAUCUGGAAGAUGGAACUACUGCGACACUUAUACUUGGAUGAGAGUUAUCGAUGUAGAUUUGUUCCUCGACCAGAAUUCUACUCUCUGACAAACCUCCAAACAUUAUGGAGUGUUUUCAUUGACGAAGACAGUCCAGUGAAGUUUGAGCUGGACAGGUUGAUCAAUCUGAAGAGAUUGGGAGUGACAAGUCGGAUAAUGUCAUCUAGGCGAGAGGCAAUGUUGUCCCAACUAGAAGCAGUGGCUGACUGGGUUCAAAAACUAACUCAGCUUCAAUAUUUAAGGCUGAAAUCGUUUGAUAAACAUGGUCAGCCUUGGUUUCUACCCUUAAAGCCUUUGUCUGCUCACACAAAUCUGUCUAGUAUAUAUUUGCUUGGUUUGAUAGAGGAAAAAUUUCUUGUGUAUGGAUUACCUUGGGCCUUAACUGACCUUACUUUGUCAGCAUCAGGACUAAAAGAAGACCCCAUGCGGACAUUGAAAAACCUGCCAAACCUGAGAAUUCUUAGGUUGUUCUCAAAAUCUUUCAUAGGAAAGCAUAUGCUUUGCUCUCCAGGAGGCUUUCCUCAGCUUCGAGUCCUUGCACUCUGGAAACUAGAACAGCUAGAGGAAUGGAAGGUGACGAAAGGAGCGCUUCCAAAUCUCAUAGAUUUGGAGAUUAGAUCCUGUACAAAGUUGAAGAUGCUUCCUGAUGGAUUGCAAGAUUUGAGGACCCUCCAGAAGUUGAAGUUAACAGAUAUGCCCAAGCAGUUCACAGAUAGGAUUACGGUUAACCAAGGUGAGGAUUGGGAUAAAAUUGCACAUGUUCUUCAUGUCUAUAUUGAUGAUGUUUUGGUUGAUGAUGGUGAAAUACCACUAAAUAUGGAACUGUUGAACUCCACAAUCCAUGAGAGACAGAAAAUCUUCCUGAAGAGGUUAGUCUCAGCAAAAAUCCAAGUAGACUCCUCUGAAUGUCCCUUCUGCGGAGCGGAACCUGAAUCUGCAGUCCAUCUGUUCUUCUUAUGCAAACCCAUCAAGAUGAUUUGGUUUGCCAAGUUGGGUAUUAGGACAGAUGAUUUCUCCCACCUAUCAUUCUCAGAUUGGAUCAACCAUAUUCUCACUCCAUCCUUGAUAUUUGGAGUUUCUCCUCCAAGCAAGUCAGAUUUUGUGCUUUUUGCAGUAAUUCUCAUGGAAAAAACUUGGCUUUGGAGAAACAGAGCUAUCUCUUGCUGUCCAAAGGUUGAACCAGAUACAAUUUUGAAAGAAACUUGCUCAGCUUUCAAUGAUCGUGCAAAGCCUCAGCUUUCAGUGAACAUGCAAGGGAGCUUCUGCUUCAAUGACUAACUUUGGUGCUGCUUUUCAAGUGGCAUGUCGAUGUGUUAUGGUGGCAUUUCUACGACAGCUCGUAUGGAUCCUAUCCAUUCAUUUGUUUUCAUGGCCUGUUUUGUGUUUGAUUUAUGUAUUCCUAAACUUAUUGUUUGUGAGCCUGUUUUGUGUUUGAUUUCUGUAAUCCUAAACUUAUUGUUUGUGAGCUUGUAGGCUCAACUAGUCGUGUGUAGCUUGUUUUGUUUCUUGUAGUUUUAAUGGAGAUGAUGUAAUCCACAAGAAUACACAAUUUUAUUUCUAAA